AUGGCGGUAUUAUCAUCAUCAUCAUCACCAGGCGACGGGGACGGCGGCUUCGAGGAUGAAUUGACGCGGGAGCUCUCGAGCGAGGCAGCAACCAGGGCCACGGCAUCGCCAACGCUGCUGGACCGCGUCCGGGGCAUGACGAACGGGCUGGACGGCCUGUUGUCGACAUCUCCACGCUUCCGAUCAACUUCGACGCCUCCCGUGAUUGCGCCGCCGACGCCAGAGCAGCGCCCCAAGUCGGCGCACGGGUACAGGAGCAAGGAGGAGGAAGGGCGACGGUACUCGCACAGGCUGCUGGAACGGGUGAACCAGAGGAUCAGCGGCGGGCGCAACAACAGCGACGCGAGCAGCAGCAGCAGCAGCGGCGGCGACAUGGCGACACCCGAGGGCAGGGCGGCGUCGCAGUCGCAGUCGCAGUCGCAAUCACCAUCGUCAUCAUCAUCGCACAUUCUGAAGGGGGCGGGAGGGCGGCUGACCCAGGGGGGUCGCAUCACCAAGAACCGCCACGGGCAGCGCGUGCCAGCAGCAUCAGCGGGCAGGAAAACGACGGCCCUCGACAGCGGCUCCAGCCGUGGUGGUGGCACCACUACGACCGCUGCAGACAGCGCUAACGGCGACACCAUGAUGGGGGGCAUGGACGUGGCUACGGGGGACGACACCACUAGCUCGACCGCUGCUCUGGCCGCCGCAACCCCAGAACUCGCUCCCGCGGCUGUCCUCGACCCCGCCUCAUUUCCCUGCAUCUCCUCCGCAUCCACCAGCACCUCCACCAGCUCGCCCUCGCUCGCCCUCGACAACUCCUCGUCCUCUCUGGGGGCGUCGUCCACCUCGCUGCCCCCUCAACUCGCCUCCCCCGGCACCGACUCCCCCGCCAACCGCCCCGACUACACCUCCCGCUCCGCCUCGUCGUCCUCGUCGCUGGCUGCCUCGUCCUACUCCGAGGCCAGCUCCCGGCCCGUCGUCUCCUCCACCGUGUCCGCCACCUCCAUCCCUCAGUACGACUACCAGGACCUGCCGUCCAGCGCCAGCUCCUCCAAGCCGAGCCUCCACGGCCACAGCCAGAGCCUGGGCAGCACCGCAGCCGCCGGCGCCGCCAUGGCCCUCGACGACGACCCCGUCCUGACUUUCUGGGGACCCGACCCCGUGCCCCUGCCCACCCGAUUCGCCCGCAUAAAGCAGCAUCUGAUAGCCGGCCACGAAGCCGCCAUCGAGGCCUCGUGGGCGCGCCUGAUCUACGCCCUGCGCGCCGAGGUCGAGCACAUCGAAGGUCUCGGCGCCCACCUCAUCCCGUCCAUCGAGUUCUCCGACAUUCACAACCCGGCGCAGACGACCCGCUUCGGCCACGAUCUGCGCCGCUAUGGCGUUGGCGUCGUCAGGCGCGCCGUCCCGAAGCCCGACGCCGACGACAUGGUCAACAGCACGCUGCGCUACCUCGAAAACCGCAGCGGCAAGCAUGACCUCAAGCCCGUCGAGCAGGAUCCCACCUGCUUCGACUUCUUCUGGACCCCCGCCCAGAUCCGCGCACGUGCUCACCCGGCCGUCCUGAGCGCCCAGCGCUUCAUGAUGGGCCUGUGGGAGACGAGUCCGAAUGUGAACCUCGUCACCAGGCUGCCCAUCGCAUACGCUGAUCGGCUGCGCAUACACGGGACGGCUGGCGAGCAGAUCCUGUUGCGCGACAGCAACCGGAAUGGCGAACCGGAGAAGCAGACGCUCGACAUCCCCCUUGCGACGUCGAUGGAGCAGGCGCCCCAGUCGGCAGACGAUUGGGUCAUUGCGCUCCAGUCCUCGGCUGGUAUCAUCGCACAGGUCGACAAUGGCUCUCUGGAACGAUGGGAGCCCGACGGGUAUGGCCGGACUGGCACGUACAGUCGGGUCUUCCGAGGCGAGUGGGAAUCGUACGAUCCCUGGGAGUGCGCCAGUCGCGUGUCCUCCACCAUCGACCUCUACAACGGGUACGGCGCCUGUACAAUCUUCCGCAUGUUCCAGGCCGUCGUCGCCCUCUCCACCAUUGAGCCGGGCAUGAUCCGCCUGCUCCCCUCCCCCAAGCUCGCCACCGCCUACUUCCUCCUCCGACCCUUCUUCUCCGCCAAGACCCCCAUGCCCGAGGUCCGCACAGGACCCGACUGGGACGCCUACCUCGACCCUUCCAACUGGAAGCUCGACCGCAGCCCAGACACCAUCAUCCACGGUGCCGUCCCUGGCCACGCCCAGCGCAUCACCGAGCGCUGGCACCCUCAUCUCUACCUCCGCAGCAGCAUGAUCACCCUCCCCACCCUCCAGCCGGGCGACUACAUCUUCUGGCACCCGGACCUGGCGUACCACAUCUCCAGCCACGCCAACCACGGCCUCCGCACGCCCGUCCACGGCCCCGACGACGUCCGCAUGCUCGUCUACGUGCCCGCCGCGCCCCUCACCCAGACCAACGCCCUCUACCUCGCCCGCCAGCGCAAGGCGUUCCAGCGCGGCCACCCGGGACCGGACUUCGACUCGAGCGGCCGUGGGUUCAACAUCGAGGACCCGGCCACAAAACCCGGCGAGAAGGACAUCGAGGAGGUCGGUGGCGCGGCAGGGCUACAGGCCAUGGGGCUCGCGCCGUGGGACGCCUCGUCGCGGGACGGGACCCAGGUGAAUGGGGAUAAAGGCGUCCCCAGGGGCGAGGCGGAGAUCGUGGAGUUGUCAAACGACAUUCUCUUCCCCGACCGCCCCAUGCCGGGUUUAUAA